CACAUGUUACAUUGGUGAUAGGACUGUCCAGGAACAAUGGUUGCUCUAAUCAGAAACUCAGUUAUUUUGUGCUUUGUAGUCAAUGGGGGUUCUGCUCUCUGGGAGGAGAUAGCGGGACCAUAUGACCUCAACUUCCACCAUGUAUCUCAUUGUGAUAAGAAAGGUAAAAUAGACGCUCUCAUCCCAAUGAAAGUGAGUAAAUUGAAUCGAACACAUUUUGUAUACAGUGGGCGUAUAGAUUUAGGAGCGGACGCAGAUGAUAACUUGAAGGUGAGAGUGGUAGCAGCAAACAAAGGAACAAAUGGGCGUUACAACAAUGUUAUCGAUAUUGAAAUGAAGGUCUGCGAAAUAGUUCAGAAAUUUGGCAUGAAAGUUAUUGAAAGUGUAUUUGAGCAUUGCAACAUUUCAGGAGAGUGUCCAUUAAAGAGAGUGACUUGUGAGAUGAAGAAUUGGCUCGUGAAUUACAAUAUUGAAAACAUACCUGCUCUUCCUUACGGCGAGUACAGAGCGGAUGCAUCAUUUAUGAAAAUCCAUCAAUACAAUAGAAAAGAGCUGAUAUCCUGUACCAGAGUCUACGGUUCUGUAACUCCAAAAAUACCCACAAUCCAGAAGAAGAUUUCUUCCUCUAAAUUCAACAACACAAUGCAGUGAACAAUGUCACUGAAUGGAUCUGCAGUGAAUGUAAACUGAUAAUA